AUGCUCAGCAGUGAAAAAUCUUCCGCUGAUAAUUCUUCGCGUGCAACUUUACAUAGUGACCUCCCUUACAAUGAAGAAACAGAAAUACUUUCAGUUGCAAAUUACUCGGAAGGCUACUCAACUUUUGUUCGGUGUCUUAUGUCAGAGGCCGACCGCCUAAAUCUGACAGUAGAUGACGGCUUCUGGCUGCCUAUCAUCUACCAAACAUUUCUACCGCACGCCUAUAAUAUAAGCACGGUCACAGAGGCUCCGACAAAUGGUUCCCUGACCUCGAGCCAUCUCCAGUCCUUGCCCGGUGGGCCGCUUUGGGACUCCGAGGAAUACGACCUUUCCGUGGACAUUGUGCGGGGCAUCGUUGCCAGGUGCUUCUCCUUGACCUCCAUAUUGUCCACGCCCCGCCCGUACCUGCUGGUGUGGUGGCAACAGUUGCUCUGGACGCUCGUAUUCGGGGCCAUGAUGACCAUGGCAGUUGGAGGCAACGUACUCGUUAUGUGGAUAGUCUGCGCCCAUCGCCGCAUGCGCACCGUAACCAACUACUUCCUUAUGAAUCUGAGCGUAGCGGACCUCUUCAUGUCGGUGCUAAACUGUAUGUUCAACUUCAUUUACAUGCUACAUAGCGACUGGCCGUUCGGAGCCGUGUACUGCACGAUAAGCAACUUUAUGGCCAACGUGACCAUCGCCGCCAGCGUCUUCACCCUCAUCGCUAUCUCCUUCGACAGGUACAUCGCCAUCGUGAAGCCGCUUGAACCGCGCAUGUCGAAGACGUCGGCGCGUGUGUUUAUCCUGGUCAUCUGGGCGUCGUCCAUGCUGCUGGCGCUGCCCUGCAUCCUGUACUCCACUACCGUGUCAAUUACGUACAAAGAUAAUGAGGUUCGACGUGGGUGCAUCCUCCGUUGGCCGGACGGACAGACCAGCACAUCUCAGCAAGAACACAUAUAUAACAUCGUCUUCUUCAUCACCACGUACAUGUUGCCCAUGCUGGCUAUGCUGGCGUGUUAUUUUCUCAUCGGGCGCGAACUGUGGGGUAGCCGGUCCAUAGGAGAACUUACCGACCGACAGGUGACCAGCAUACGCAGUAAACGCAGGGUUGUAAAAAUGUUCAUCGUGAUCGUGGCGGCGUUCGCGCUGUGCUGGCUGCCGCAGCAAGCUUUCUUCCUGUACACCUUCCACAACGCUCAGAUCCUAGAUACUUCGUAUAUCCAGCAUAUCUACUUGGCCUGCUAUUGGCUGGCCAUGUCCAACGCCACCGUUAAUCCCCUUAUUUACUACUGGAUGAACGCGAGGUUCCGAUCUUACUUCCGGGAAGUGGUUGUGCGUUGCCUCUGCCUCCAGUGGCCGAGGCGACGGACCUGCAGUUACGAGGGGUCACCUGAGCCUGCCCGUCGCGUCCCGGCCUGCGACGACCACUCCUCCCGCUCCCGCUCCCGCUCGGACUCGCGGCAGGGGCUGAACGGCACCGUGCGGACCACACCCGGAUCGACGCGCUACAACCACCACCUAGUCGUUUACUCCUCCAGGGAACGCCUCAACUCGAGGAACGGCGUGGCCCUCUCAGGGUGGCGGCGACCGCCCGCGCCGUGCGAGGUGUGCCAGCUUCCCCUGCGCUCCCCGGCGCCGGAGGAGGCUGAGGGCGGCCGCGACGAAAACCUCAUCCAGAUGAUUCCGCUGACCACGACGAGGGACAGCCAUGGGCACUUGUAUAAUAACCUCAACACCUCUUGCUAG